AUGAGAAGCGCUCGUUUGGAAUCAGAAGAUGUUUCAUUCAUGCAGGCUUAUGCAGCCUAUGCAGCCAUAGAAGACGAACAUGAAGUGGAAACCGAUGAGCCGAAAAAGCCUGAUUUUGUGGAGUCGAAGAGGAAAGUUAGUAGAUGGUUGACAAUUUUAGAAGACCGAAUAGCUCGCAAACAGCUAGAUUUAACGGGGCAACCAGAAGAGCGUAAAUUAACUUAUGAUCAAGAUACUAUGAAGAGAACAGAUUUGCCAGAGACAAAGCGAAGAUACCGUGAUGUUAAUCACCAAUUGGAUCGCAGAUAUUGGAAACGAACAUUUCUAGAAACGAGAUAUGAUCUGCUAGAAAGACAGUGUUUUACUGCAGCCAUGGAAACAUUAAAAUAUCUCCAAUUCGAAAUAGAUGAACGGAAUUCUGUAUUUCAAAAAAGUAUAGAUCAACAGAAUUUAUUACAAGCUCACAAUACUAUGAUUUCAAUUGAGUCUUAUAUUGGAAGCUCUACAAACUUUUUAUUAGAUAAAGGGAUCAUUAAGUUAAGAAAUGAAAUUCUGGAUACCAAUAUUUUAAACCAAAUUGGAAUCCGUAUGAUAAACAAACACGAGGGGUCCAGAAAAGAACAACAUAAUUUAAAAUUAAGUCAAACUGAAAAGGCUUUAGGAGAUUCUACUAAAAACAAUAAGCAAAAAAUGAAAAUAGAUACUAGAAUUCAUUCCGAAAUUAGUGAAUAUCUACGUACGCAGAUUAAUGACUAUCAAACACAGGUUAAAGACUGGAGUGAAAAAUAUGAUUCUGAGAUAGAAGAGAUCGAUACCAGGAUCAUUAUGAAAAAGGAGUCUUUAGAUCUAAUCGAGAAGGAAUUGGCACAACUUAAAGCAAUUUACGAUGAGAGACAAUUAAAAAUCGAAGAAUAUUUAGAAAUCAAACAUGGAAAAGAAAUGUUCAAUAAAAAAGUUCGAAUGUCCUUGGCGUUGCAAAGUUGGUGGCGCGGAUUGGUAUUCAGACAAAACCUUAUGCCUAAACGAGGCAAGAGGAAAGGAAAACCCAAGAAGUAA